AUGGGGCGGCUGCUGUGGCAGCAGAUGAUGCGCAAUCAUGUCAGCUUCCUCAAAGAUCUGGAACAAUGGUUGCCGAACCUUCUGGAGGAAGGGAAGAUACCGGACCGGUCAGUCACCAGUGGCCUCGCAGACAGGGACAACUACAAGGGCGGCAGCUUGGCUUUCACGACUGGGAGAUUACUUGCAGAGGACGACCAGGACCUUCGCCUGCGUCGAGAAUGUCCCCGGCCGGUGCAGAUCAUCGUCCUCCUUCGUCCAACGGAUCCGCAGGAGUGUCACCAGAACUGGUACAAGCUGAAGUGGCAAGACAGUUGGAAGCAGCUAUGGGAGAAAUGCAGGCGUCAGCUGGAUGUACAUGAGAUGAGGGCGGUGCUCGCCCCGCGUCCUCCGGAGACUUCAGGUGCACUUUUAUCUCCGCCUGGCCUUGCAGACGUGGUGGCUAUCCUGGAGCGCAAGCUACCGUAUGUCCAGAAGAUGGUUAUGCUCAAGAUCGGAGUUGUCAAGGGCGAGCUGGGGAGUUACCGCGAAUCACCCUCCUUCUGGUCCUUCAGUGUCGUUACCUUUGCCGAGGAUGCGUACCAGGUCACAAUCUCCAGGUUGGUCAAGCUACAGUUGCAGGCUCUUCUUCAACAACAGCAGCAGCAGGGACCUCGAGCCGAUCGUCCCGAAACCGUAAAGCCUGGAAUCACUGACCUACCUCGACUUCCAGAAUACCAGCCCACAACUGGCAGUAUCGACCUCCUGAACUGGCUUACGCAUAUUCAACCGAUAAUGCAGGACUUGUCGGACACAAGCUACGCCUGGUGGGAAGGAACGCUUCAGGAUGCGCUCUCGUGGUACACCAAGUACAGUGCAGCAUCUCCGCUUGAGCGACUGCAGCUCAAGCCCUCAUCCUCUCAGGAGCUGCAUCGUCCAGAAUGGGCACGUGGGGAGAGGAGGGCUACGGCGAUGAUGCUUUCGGCUGUGCCUCAGGCCGUACGUGAAGAGGUCAUUGCCAUGGGGAGUGUGACGUCGUUGGCUUUGUUGUGCAAGCUUUAUGCUGUGUAUCAACCUGGGAAUUUGCAGGAGAGGGCCUUGGUCUUACAACGAUUAGAACGACCAGAAGAAUGCGACACCGCUUUGCAGGCGGUGGAGGCUCUGAGGAAGUGGACGCUGUGGAGGCGCCGCGCUUCAUCCAUAGGGAUAGCGGAGCCAGAUGCCUCGGUGUUGGUGCAGGGUUUGGACCGCAUCACCACCAAGGUGGUGAAGGCGAACAGCGAGCUCAGUUUCAGAGUCAGCCUUAUACGGAGCACCUUGCAGGUGGAUGUGUGCCCAAGCUCCCAGUCGGUGACUACUUUUCUUCAGCAUCUUCAAGCGGAGAUGGAGCAGCAGGCACGGUUGAGUGUCACGAAGGCACCUGCACCAGUGAGCCCUGGGAUGAGAGCUGUUACCCCGGUGGAUGGCCACCGCCCCCCCCGAAGGGAGGUACCAAUGGGCUUUGCCGCUUCUUCCAGGGAGAGAAGGGAUGCCGGAGGGGAAACACAUGUAAGUUUCCUCACACCUGGAGUUUGCUGGAAAAAGGGGCCAGAUCAAAGAAGUGUUUGGCAUGCGGAGCUACGGGCCACAAGGUCAAGGAGUGUCGGGCCCCAGGAGGAGGAGCGGCGAGAUCAUCGAGGUCAGCAAUGCCUGGAAUGGGCGAAACAGGCUCUACGUCCCCUACAGCAUCCUCACCGGAGGCGCAGCGGUGUUGAAGCACUGGAUCUGCAGGGGCACCGGGUGUCGGAGGAUUAUAUGCCAUGGCGGCAAAGCGAAUUGAAAGAACGGUCUUUUCUCAGCAAGCGAACAUGUGACGAGUGA